UAAUCCUACAUUCCCAAUCCAAGACCCAAAGGAUCAUGGACAGGAUUCACCAUCCUGAGAGAUUCGGCAGCUUUAUUGGACGCCAAACACGCCGAAAGAGCGACGUCUCUUCCAGUCGCAGCGCCUCUGAUUUAUCUACCACUCACGACAGAUUCGAUGACGACGACAUUGCCUGGAUAGAAAAUGUCGAGGAGGUUGGAGAUGAAAAUAUUGACGAAAUCUUUCGGGAAAUUGAUCCGUUUAUUGCCGAUAAUUGUUCGUCGACGUUGGAAAUUCCUGAUGCCGUUGACACGUUGUCCAAGAUUGUGGACUACAGGAUUGCCAAGUAUUGCUCCGAGAGCUCUGAGGCCAGGUUUGGCAUGUCGCCGGAGGAGGAUUCGUGUUUUCUUGAAGCCGUGAGUCGGAUAUCGAAGCUGGCUAAUGCUUUUGGCAAUCUUCCAGCGGGUCACGCCACGGCGCUGGUGCUGAAUCGGACGACCAUGACCUUGCACCACGCGAUGGUGUUCCUGGAGGAGGAGCUCCGUGAUAUUCUAGAGGAUUCUAACUGCAAUCCGGACCAUAAUCUGAAUCCGAAUGUUCUGGACACAAACCAACGGGACGGAGAAGACUCGCAUCGCUCCGCCUCCGUGUCGCAGGAAGAUGAAUCAAUAUCAGACUUGAAGGAUCAAGAGCACUUUCCGGAGUUCUUGCCGGAGGUGGUGACGAAAAUGGCUGGAAUCGCAACGGUGAUGAUUUCGGCCGGGUACGAGAAUGAGUGCUGCCAAGUUUACAGCAUUGUCCGGCGAAAUGCAUUCGACGAAGCCUUGAAGAGUAUGGAAUUCGAAGCGAAAAGCAUCGAGGACGUGCAGAGAAUGUAUCGCGAUGGUUUCGAGGCCGCGGCGGAGACGUGGAUCCAAGCUGUGAAGCACUGUGCCGCCGUGCUCUUCCCCCGCGAACGCAAGCUCUGCGACUCAAUCUUCACCGUCGAUCCAUCCAUCUCCCAACGCCUCUUCCACAGCCUCGCUCAAUCCGUGUUACGGAAGUUCAUAAACUUUGCCGACGCCAUCGCAUUGACGAAACGAUCGGCAGAGAAGCUCUUCAAAUACCUCGACAUGUACGAGGUCCUCCGCGAUGUGGCCCCUGCCGUCGUCGAAUCGUGCUCGGUGGUGGACAAUUCCGCUGGCGAAUUGUCGCUGGAGAUCUCCGACGCCGUGAACCGGAUCGCCGAGACAGCCGUGUACAUAUUCUGCGAUCUGGAGAACUCGAUCAAAUGCGACGCCGCCAAGAUCCCCGUACCCGGCGGUGCAAUCCACCCGUUGACGCGCUACGUCAUGAACUAUCUAAAAUACGCCUGCGAGUUCAAAGACACGCUCGAGCAAAUCUUCCACGAAAACCAGAUCCUGCUCCGAUCGGUCUCGCUCGCCAAAUCCGACCGCCCAAACCAGGUGGAGUCUCCGGAACACAAGUUAUCGGCGUUCGCCUUCCAGUUGACUACCGUGAUGGAGCUCCUGGACUCCAACCUUGUCGCCAAGUCGAAGCUCUACAAGGAUCCGUCGCUUCGCUACAUCUUCCUGAUGAACAACGGCCGGUACAUUCUCCAGAAAAUAAAAGGCUCCGGCGGCGAGAUCCUCCAGCUGGUCGGCCACACGUGGUACCGGAUCCGAUCAACGGUGGUCAGGCACUACCACAAGAAUUACCAGAGAGAGACGUGGGGCAGAGUUCUCGGCUGCCUGAGCCACGAAGGCUUGCAGGUGAACGGGAAAGUCAACAAGCCAGCUCUGAAGGAGAGGUUCAAAAACUUCGGCGCUCUGAUCGACGAGAUCCACAAGACGCAGAGGACGUGGGUGGUUGGGGACGAGCAGCUAAGGUCGGAGCUGAGGGCGUCGAUAGCGGCGGUGGUGAUUCCGGCCUACCGGAGUUUCUUGGGGAGGUUCAGGCAGUAUUUGGACGGCGGAAGGGCGGGAGCGGACAAGUAUAUAAAGUACCAACCGGAAGAUGUUGAGACGUUGAUUGAAGAGCUGUUCGAUGGGAAUACAGCUUCAAUGAGUAGGAAGAGAACGUAA